AUGGCUACAGACGCCAGGGAAGGCGCUUGCUGCGUGUUGCAACCUUGGCACCCGUCGCAGGAGUUCAAGAAGCAACUUGCGAACGUGCAGGCGCUUUCCGGCCCGUUUGGCUCUGAAGGGUUUGCAGAUUGUACUCCCGUUUGCGGUGUGGACAUUAAGACCAUGGGCAGGCUUCGGCAACGGCGGGUGCCGCCCCGCAGGCCAGGAUUUGCUAAUGCUGAAGGCCAGACGCCGGACGCGCUGUUCGACGCCCUGGCUGCCGGUGGACAAGAAGUUCGCUGGCCAGACUUCCGGGCCCUCUUCGCGCAGCUCGAGCCUUCCUUGGGCGAGGGGCAGCUGCAGCAGUUGUGGGUCACCUUCGACACCAACGCCGAUGGUGGCAUUUCUCGCGAGGAGUUCAAGAAGCAACUUGCGAACGUGCAGGCUUCGGCAACGGCGGGUGCCGCCCCGCAGGCUCGAGCAGCAGGAUCUCUGCAGGAAAUCUGCGCGCGCGUGAACGAUGCCCUGCGCAGAAAGGGCCAGACGCCGGACGCGCUGUUCGACGCCCUGGCCGCGGCCCAAAUUGAGAUGGUUUCAGAUGCCAAUCGCUCUGUCGUGUCCGAUCGACGGCAACAUCGCCUCUUGGCGAUAGGCUGCCGCUCGAGCACGGCCCUCUUGGGGGCAAUUCGAAUGAAUCGAGAGGAAGACAAGAGCAUACAAGAGCGCUGGAUGAGAAAGCAUGAACUUAUGAGGCCUUCCUUGGGCGAGGGGCAGCUGCAGCAGCCCGCUCCUCGGGGUACCCACUCCUACCGACUAAUUUGGAAGUAG